GCGUCCCCGUGAUCCCGUCAGCCAAUCAGCAGGUCGCACCUGCAGCCACUCACUGCUCUUUAGCAGCAAUCAGGAGUCCUCCGCUCCACAGUCCUCCAGCUGCCCGCUCUGCGUCACGCUCGUCUCCCCCCUCCGGUCCAGGACGCACGCGGACCGUCCCGGAUCUGCGCAAAUGCAACUGAAGAACGGUCACGCGGCCGCCAUGGACAAGCGCGUGGACCUGGGCUCGCUCUUCUGCAUGAUCGGACGGCACGGCCCCGCCGUGGCUGUGGCCGUCAUCGCCGUGGUGUCCGUGCUGGCGGGGUUCAUCAUCUACCGGAACGUGAAGGGGAAGCGGAGGAAGGCCGCCGACGGGGACGCGCCACCGCGGCCAGAGGAGGAAUCGAACCCGCGAGAGUCACGCGGCCACGUCCGGUCAACAGAUGAAGGCACAGAAGACCUGUCGAUUCAUGAGGAGGCCGAUCCGCCUCAAAGCAGCAUGCGGAAUCGCCGCGCUGUUGUUGAAAAGCGAGCUUCGCCUCCCCGCCCUACUGAGAAAAUCUCUGGUCAUGCUGAGGCGCCCAUCACGACCCUGGCACAGGACUCUGGGAGCAUGACGGAGCCACGCCCACAAGAUUCUGAUGAGGCUCUGAAAUAUGACGGGAUGAUGGCAGAAAAGGAAGAGCCCAAUUGUGACUACGAUUCCAAAAAGCAUCCCAGCCAAUCAAAACCUGCGAUUGGAGAGCAUCAUCAGGAUCAAAAUGAAGUGCUAGAACCGCAGGAAGAUGAGAUCAUGGAGAACGUCUCCACUGUGAAAACCAGUAAGGAAAAAGUUCAGUGGCUGAGUUCAGGUUUCUCUCACGACGUUGAAAUCAGUCAAGAAACUGAUAAAAAGAAGCAUAAAACCAAAGCAAGCAGAGGGAGGGGUUUGGAAGAGCCGACCAUUGACGCUGAUCAAAUCAACUCUGUCAAAGGUGCAGAGGUCGAGUGUAAUGCAGAAGAACUAAGAAACGAGUCCCUAGGAAAGUUUGAGCAGCUGGCGCCCUCAGAAUUUUCAAUUGGAAAAGUCAUUGAGGAUGAGGCUCAUCUGAAUGAUGAUGCUGCUGCAGAAGUGCUCGACAUCAGCCCCCAGCAAACAAAAACUGGCCUUGAAUGUGGUCUAGAGGAAGACAUUGAAGAGAUUCUGGCUCUUUCUGACGAACAAAACCACUCAAGCGUGGCACCAGGGCCUCCACUUUCGUCGCAACCUCCUGAUCUACAGGACUCCUGUGUCGUGGACCCUAUCAACAGUGUGAGCCAACUGGAAAGGGAAGUUGGAGGUGAACGUUGGUGCAAGGACACUGAAUCUGUUCCUCUGAUGGGCGCUAAAGAAACCCAAGGAGAUGAGAUUGAGGGCAAGGAUGACCCAAGUGAGGACCGUUGGGUUCCUUCAUCCUGUAACGUCCCAGAGGAAGCUGUGCCUGUGACAUCUUCAGAAAUGGGUCGCUCUGUGGAUUCCUUUGAGGAACAAACGCCCAAUGCAGAUCUCCCUAAUGCUGGGCCUGUUCUGUCCCCCAACAUUAAUGCUGACGAUGUCUGUCCAAUUGGGUUUGACAAGAGCGAGCUGACAUGGUCACCUGGUGCCGGGGAGGAGAGCGGCAUUUCCAGCAUGACCGUCAGCCCGGACUUGCUAGAGGCCGACUACGACCCACCGACUGAAGGCGUGACUCUGUCAGUAACUGAUCUGUAUCCAGACUUCGGAGCGCAGACCGACACUCAAAACAAAUUCCUUGAUAAUGAUAAAGCUCCGGGAGGGAUUAGGUUAGAUGCUAGCAACUCGCUUGGGGCUUGUUUGUCUCCGCAGCACAUUAAGGACCAGACCACGCUUUCUACGAACUGUGAGGAGCAAAAUGGGAUGGACCAGUUCACAAAUGAGUUGAAACCAGGUGCCGUUGUUGCAACUGAAAGUGAAAAUGGAGAGAAAACUGGAGACGAUGGAAAGACUGAAAUUAGCAUCAUGGAGGCGACUAUGGACACUAAUGAGUGGAUGACGGAUGGUAAUGAAGCUCAUCCCUGGGUAAGCCCUCCUGUUCCUACUGUGGACCACAGGUACUCUUCAUCCGAAGUGGAGACACCACCCGACAAAGUGAACACUGACGAAAGCGUAGAGAAGGGCAAAAAGGUCGCUGCAGUCCAGCCAAUGUCCCAGGAUGUCCACGUGAGCUUCCACAUCCACUAUGUUACCCAGUCGCCGUUCCAGAAAGUGGCCAUCACAGGAAACCAGCAGGAGCUGGGGAACUGGAAAGGCUUCGUUCCGCUAGAAAAAACCAAGGAUGGGCACUGGGCCACAGUGGUCAGCCUGCCCGCAGAGAGCCAUGUGGAGUGGAAGUUCGUGGUGGUGGAUAAAGGAGAGGUGUGCCGUUGGGAGGAGUGCGGCAACCGCCUGUUGGAAACGGGCUCCGGAGAUGACCUGCUCGUGCAUAAGUGGUGGGGUAUCCUGUAAAAGCUGAUUCCAAGGGAAAAAAAAGUCUUGCAGAAAUAGAAGUAUGUGCAAUAAGCUUUGGCAUUACAUACUGGACCAGGUACUAAGGAAUUUGUAUGUUCUUUCAAGAAAAAGAUGAUUAGUAGUUAAUUUGUCACAAUAUAGAUUACAUUUAUUUCCCAACUUCAGCAAAAUUUGUGAAUACAUGUCUUAAAUUUUGAUUCUUUUUCAUGCAACAUUUAAAAAAAACUAAUCUCUAGAGUAUCUAAUUUAUUUUUUCCUAAUUAUUCUAACAAUUGUCACAUUUCAAAUUUUAAGAUUAAAUCUUACAAAUAACUCUUAAUCCUAAAAAUGUGAUACUAAUGUUAUUCAGCUAUGCCAGAACUUAUGUGAAAUUUCCUAUAGAGUAAUAUUUAAAUAUAUAAUGUAUUUUAAAACUCACAAAUAUAUUCUAUGAUAGAUGGAGAAGUGUUACAAAAAGGGUCCUUUUUUUUUUUUAGUUUUGCAUCAAAAUUGUCCAAAAUACACCUAAUAUAUUUUCAAUAAUUUUUGUGCUCUAGAUGGUCAGUAUGAGGAUAAAUGCACAUACUUACCCCCUUUUAAGCAAUAAUUGAAGCAAUAAUUCUGUGUACUGUUUUUACUUCAGGUGCUUUGUUUACAACUAAUACUGUGAGCGCUGCUUUCUUCUUAAUGACCUGCACGCUGGACUGUCCUGUCAUUCUACAAAGGUGCCUUUUAACGAUAAUUCUGUGUGAUUUAAGUGUCUAACUUCCAUCUUUACAAUUAUAGCGAGCUGUAUGGUCUGUAGAACUAAUUGUGAUUUAAUGUUCUAAAAAAAAAUUCAAAUAAAGUAAUGUUUCAAUAAUUGCAGGAA